UUUCAUCAAUCAUCCUUUAAAUGAUCAAAUCAAAUUGAUCGAUCGAUGAUUGAAUAACAAUGAUAAUGACAAAUUAAGAACAAUCCGAUACAUUCUGAAUUCGAGUGAUUUGUAAAUCAAAAAGCAACAAAAAAAUAAUGGAUUAGAAUGAAAAUCGGUUGGUAAAGGGGGAUGGUCGUCAAUAAUAAUCAAUAAACGUUCGAAUCAAUCGUAUCAUUUUCUCCAUUCGAAUAUUAUCUCAUCAUUACCACCAUCAAUUUUUUCCCACUUAUAUAAAUAUAAAAAAGCAAAGCGUGGGUUUCCCUUUUUUAAUAUUCAUCCAAUCAAUCAAUCAAUCAUUUCGAACAUUGUGUCUGUGAAUAUAUUUGCCAUAUUUGAAAUGUAAAAAAAGAAAAAAUUUGUCAAUUUUUCAAAUUCAUCAAAGUUUUUUAUUAAUUUUCAAUCCGGAAUUUCAAUUGCAAACUAUCAUUCAAAGAACAAAGUUUCCAUAACAAUAUUCAUCAUCAUCAUAAUAAUCUUAUUUAAUUAAACUAAAAGAAAUGUCUAAAACAUUAAGCUCAAAAUUUGUUGAAUCAUUUUUGAUUCGUACAAAUGAUCCAAAUCGUAAACUAUGGUUACAUCGUUUUUUGGUAUUAUUAUUAACAUUUAUUGUAUAUACAAUAUAUCAUAUGUCACGUAAACCAAUGUCAGUGGUUAAAUCACGUUUAUUCAAUGGUAAUGUUACCGAUCAUCAAAAUAAUUGGCCACCAUUCGAUGGUUCAAAUGCCAAUACAUUUUUAUCAAUAUUGGAUGGUGCUUAUUGGGGCACAUAUGCAAUCGGAAUGUUUUUUACCGGUUUUUUAGCCGAACGUAGUAAUUUACGUUAUUUUCUUUCAAUUUCGUUAUCGAUUUGUGGCUUACUUUGUAUUGUUUCUGGUUCGGCAUUUUACCUAAAAAUUCAUUCAUUAUGGUUUUUUAUUAUAACACAAGUAUUGACCGGUUUAGCUGAAUCAACUGGUUGGCCAGCUGUAUUGGCUAUUAUGGGUGGUUGGUUUGGUUCAACAAAAAAAGGUUUCAUAUUUGGUAUAUGGUCAUUACAUACAUCAGUUGGUAAUAUGCUUGGUACAACUAUUGCCGGUAUUUUUGUCGAUUUUAAUUGGGGCUUAUCGUUUAUUGUACCCGGUUUGCUUUGUAUAAUCAUUUCUAUAGUGAUAUUUUUUUUAUUAGUUGAAAAACCAUCGGAUGUAGAUCUCAUUGUAAACAUGACAUUACCCGAUGAUAAUCGUCAAAUGAAAUUAUCGGAUGAAGAAUCAAUAACAAAUACAGUAUCGACAAUUUCAUUAUCAUCAACGAUUGAUUCGAAAAUUGUAAAAAAUUCAUCAUCAUCAUCAUCAUCAUCAUUAUCAACGAAAAAAUCCGAAUCCAAUUCAUUAAAAUCAUCAUCAUCAUCAACAACAACAUCAUCGGAACCAAUCGGUAUUUGGGAUGCAUUAUUCAUACCUGGUGUUAUUGAAUUUUCGAUAUGUUUAUUUUUUACAAAAUCCGUAUCGUAUAUAUUUUUAACAUGGCUGCCAAAAUUUAUCAGUACAACUAAUCGAAUUCCAGCAUCUGAAUCGGCAUACAUAUCGAUUAUGUUCGAUAUUGGUGGUAGUGUUGGUUCAAUUAUGGCCGGUCUUAUGUCCGAUAUAAUUAAUGCCGGUGGUAUUACUUGUAUAAUAUUUCUUCUAAUGGCCAUUCCAUCGCUAUUUUUACUUGCACAUUUUUCAUCGAUUAGUUUGGCCAUUAAUCUAGCAUUACAAUUUAUGGCCGGAUUUUUUAUUAAUGGUCCAUAUUCAUUGAUUAUAACAUCAGUAUCGGCAAAUCUAGCUUGUACAGUACCAUCAAAAGCAGCAACAGCAACAAUAUCAGCUAUUAUUGAUGGUACUGGAUCGAUUGGUGCGGCAAUUGGUCCAGCAAUUACCGGACCAUUAUCCGAUUAUUUUACCUGGAAUUCAGUAUUCUAUCUUUGUAUGGUUGGUGAUUUUAUUGCUGCUUGUUGUUUGGUUCGAGUGGCAUGGAAUGAAUGGAAACGAAAUCAUUGUUCAAUAUUAAAACGAUGUAAUUCAUCAAUCUCUAAUGAUGAUUAUUUAUCAUCAUCGAUUCAAAGUGAUGAAAAACAAAUUGUUUCUUAAAAAUCAACAAAUUCUCUCUAUUAUCAAUAAUUGUAAAUAAUCAACGCUUUUGUAAUUCAUAUUUUUAGAUAA